UUAAUGGCCGUGUUGGCAGCAGCACUAAACCGGCUCACCCGCAGGGUACUGUUUUGGUUGGUGCCUGUGUUUUUAUUUUUUCCUUUUUUCGCACCCAUGUUAAAACCGGGAACGGUGGAAGCGCUCUACAACAACAACAAAGAUUCUCCUCUGUACGUUGCUCCGGUGGUUCAGCUGCUUUCGCUGAAGAAAAUAGAGGGAAAGAGCGAUAAAACGGUGCGGUACCACAUAACCAUAAGUGACAGCAAAUUGUACAUGAAAGGGAUAUUCUCGUCACAGGUGAGCAAAGAUGUUGGGGAUCUGAGAGUUAACACCCUGAUAAAAAUCAGCGAUUUUGUGAUACUGGAGAAGAACGGCAACUGCUUCAUUUAUAUCAAGGGAUGCGAGAAGAUCAAGGACUGUGAAAGAAUGGGAUCGCCGAAAAACGCGAAUAGCACGGACAAGGUGGAUAGCAGCGUGGAAAUGGACAGCAGUAAGAUCAAACACAACGAAAAGGGUGAGAACGAGAAAAGAGCAGUGAACGAGAACAGCAGUAAGAGAAUGCAGGUUGGUAGCAGCAAUGGGAAAGCGGAGAAGGAAAAUGCUGGGUGUGUUAGGAGUGCUAAUCAUGAUGCGGAUGGCGAUAAGAAGGCAUAUACGCCCAUUGCAGCACUCAAUCCGUUCCAAACGAAGUGGAUCGUAAAGGGCACGGUGCAGAAAAAAUCUGAGCUGAGAGAGUUCAAGAAGAAGGACGGAAAGUUCUUCAGCUUUGAACUGCUCGAUAAAACAGGAAAUAUCAAAUGUGUGGCGUUCAACGAUGGUGCGGAUCUCUUCCAUGGCAUAGUUGCCGAGGGCUCCGUUGUUGAAAUAAGCAAAGCUGUGGUAAAAAUGUGCAAUAAAAAGUUCGCAAACACAAGCAGUGAUUAUGAAAUACACCUGGAGAAGAACAGCGUGGUCAGCUUGGUAAACGAGGAAGGGCUCGCCAUGUCAUUUGAUCUGUGCAAGAUCAGCGAUCUGGUAGGACGUGUGAACAAGGCUAACUGUGACGUGAUCGGUGUGGUUCACGAGGCCUUUCCGGUGAGCGUGGUCCUUGCAAAGGCAAGCCAGCGAGAGAUCAAAAAACGCGAUUUGAUCCUAGUGGACCAGACAGGCACCGUGAGGGCUACGCUGUGGGGUGACAAGAGCGAAAUUGAGCUGGAUGAACAUCCGGUGCUGCUUCUCAAGGAUGUGAGGGUGGGCGAGUUUAACAACGCCGUUGUUCUGAGCACGGCCUUUGGCAGUGCAGUAAAGGUUGACCCGGAGAUGGACGAGGCGUACUCGCUGCGCGGAUGGUACGACGAGCACAAGCAGUCUGUGGUCGUUGAAAGGCCGCAGAGGAACGAAUACACGUUCAUUGAGGAGAUUCAGAGCUACGGCACUUGUGCUGCUACUGUGCUCUUCAUCCGCGAGGACAACCUUUUUUACAAUGCGUGCGCCAAUAACUGCAACAAGAAGGUCAGCCUGACAGACGAGGGGUACUACUGCGAGAGGUGCAACCAGACAAAGGAAACAUGCAGCAUACGUUAUCUGACCACGUUGCACGUGGCAGAUUUCACACAGCAAGUGUGGUUGAACGUUUUCGAUGAUUUUUGCACUGAGUUCUUCGGGAUGACAGCGUAUGAGCUGAAGAAAAUGGGCGAGGAGAACGCCACACAGCUGCAGAACUACUUGAAAACGCUGUUGUACAAGGAGUACGUGAUCAGGAUGAAAAGGAGUGAGGAGGUGUACAACGGCGAGAUGCGGGUGAGAUGGAGAGGACUGAGCAUCAAAAAGAUAAAUUAUCUGGAUGAGAGCGUGCGAAUGCUGCGUUUGAUGGGGUAUUGACCGUGCCACCAUUAGAAAUGGGUAAGUGUUAAACAUUCUCGUUCUGCGUGCACAUGCGAAGUGUUCCCGUCUUAGUCUUCCCUAUCGAUGUACCUGGUGUUUGAGAUGCGGUGUCUUUUUUACUAAAAAUCGUUUAUUUGCCA